GCGGCCGGAGCGCGGUGAGGCGGCGGCGGAGCUGGGAGGCGGCCGCAGCGCAGGAUUUCCCAUUGCCAACCUCAGGGAAGCUGCGAGGAAGAGGAAGAUGCCCCAGGGCACUGAGGCAGAGCAGGAGCUGAGCAUGGAGAGCAGGGAGGACAAAUCUCCGCGGCAGAACCUGGUGGCAGAGGCCGUUUUGAGCGGCUCCACGGCGCAGGAAGCCAACGGGGAGGAAAAGCCCCGGAGCUGCCGCACGAGGAGGGGCUGCAAACGCAGAUGGCGGGGAUGUGAGGGGCAAAGAGCCAGCCUGGGCCGGGAAGACGGCCGGAGAUGGAGCCAGAGCUCGGAGCUGGUGCUCCAUGAGCAGCUCCAUGAUGGGGAGAAGCCCCACAGGUGCGUGGAUUGUGGGAAGAGCUUCAGGUGGAACUGCGACCUGAUUGUGCACCAGAGAACCCACACUGGGGAACGGCCCUACGAGUGUGGGGAGUGUGGGAAGAGUUUCAGCCAGAGCUCCAGCCUGAUCAAGCACCAGAGGACCCACACUGGGGAACGGCCCUAUGAGUGUGGGGAGUGUGGUAGAAGCUUCAGCUUGAGCUCCAGCCUGAUCAAACACCAGAGGAUCCACACUGGAGAAAGGCCGUACAAGUGUUCUGAGUGUGGAAUGCACUUCAGCCAGAGGAUCAGCCUGAUCAGGCACCAGAUGACCCACACUGGGGAGAGGCCCUACGAGUGUGAUAAAUGCAGGAAGAGGUUUCAGACCAGCUCCAAUCUCCUCCUGCACUAUUGGAUUCACACGGAGGAGAGGCCCUUCCAAUGCCCUGAGUGUGGGAAGGGAUUCAGGCAGAAGUCCACUCUUGUCACCCACCGGCGCAUCCACACUGGGGAGAGGCCCUACGAGUGUGAUAAAUGUAGUAGGAGGUUUCUGACCAGCUCCUCUCUCUUCCUGCACUAUCGGAUUCACACAGAGGAGAGGCCCUUUCACUGCCCCGACUGUGGGAAGGGAUUCAGGCAGAACUCCCACCUCAUCACCCACCAGCGCAUCCACACAGGAGAGAGGCCCUACGAGUGUCCCCAGUGUGGGAAGAGCUUCUCACAGAGCUCUAACUUGACCAGACACCAACAGAGGCACCAGUAAGGGAAGCCCUGCGAGUGCCCCGAGUGCGGGCAGAGCUUCGUGUGCUGCUCCAGCUCCAUCCCCCACUGGAGGAGGCACUUUGGGCACAGCCCUGGUCACUCACAUUCCCUGUGAUCCAUGUUGGGAACACACCUGGCUGCUUCUCCUUUUGGUUUGGCCUUAAUUUUCCUCUGCUUCACCUUCAUCCUUUAAAAACACCCAAAAGUGGGUUAAAUGAAGGAAAUUGAUUGAAUAUAUCUGCAGUUCCAUAAUUUCUCAGUUAUUUUAGAGGGAAUUUAGGAUUUGGGGACACAUUCUGUGUGGAGUGCUGCUGUUGCUAAGAAGCAGGAAUUUGAUCUCACCCUUCUUGUGUUGCUAAGAACUCCUCCCCUGAUCCAAACCCCAACUCCACCCUUGGGAUACCCUAUAAAAACUCCACAGCCCUGCUUUUGCCCUGUCUUUGGGGGGUAAGAAAUGGAUUCCCAGAGGAUCAGCCCUUUUCUCACUGCAUUCCCAAAGGAUCAGCCUCAUUCUUCACUGGAUUCCUAGAGGGUCAGCCCUUUCCCACUGGAUUUCCCAAAUUUGAGCUUUUCCCAUUGGAUUCCCAGAGAAUCAGCCCUUUCCCACUGGAUUCCCAGAUGAUUAACCUUUUCACACUGGAUUCCCAGAGAAUAAAUCUUUUCCCACUGGAUUCCCAGAAGAUCAGCCAUUUUGCCACACGAUUCCAAGAGGAUUGACCUUCUUCACUGAAUUCCCAGAGGAUUCUGACUCUGUCACUGUUUUUUUUUUGUUUGUACUAAUGCAUUUGUAUUUUUAAUUUUUCCUAAUAAAGAACUGUUAUUUUUACUCCCA